ACAAAGAACGAGUUGUAAGAGUAAGUGAUCUUGAUGACGAUGACGAAAAAGAAAAAGUUGAAAAUAAGUUUAAGGAAGAAGAAUUGGAGAAACAAUUGUAUGUGAUUUUGGAGUUUAAUGAUAAAAGAGGGAAUGACGAGAUUAUGAUAGAAAAAGAAAAGGAUAUUGAACAAUCAAAUAAAGAAAUAGUAUUCUAUAGUAGAGGACCUGCCGCAGAUCUUAUUUCGACACAAGAAGAAGAUAAUUGGAUUAUAUCAGAUUUAUUUGAUUAUUAUUAUGAAAAAGGAAGCCGGGCUAUAGUUGAUUAUAAGAUUGAAGAUUUAAAGAAAAAUCAGAACAAGCAGAUA